AUGGGCCAGUGCUGCAGCUCACCCAGGAGCAGAGGAGAAAUCCUCAGCAAGGACCCUCCCGUUGAGGCCCUGCCGCAAUACCUGACUUUGCACUCAUCUGUUGGGAACGACUCGCCUCUUCUGAACCUCCCAGUCGAGCUAUAUCUGCACGUCUCGAGCAAACUGGACCAAUGCUCAGCCGCAUCGCUCGCCCUGGCCAGCAGAGCCUCAUAUCAUCUCCGCGAACCGCUAGCCCUCGCCUCGGUCAGCAGCUCCCAGCCCGCGCGGUCAGAGUUCCUCCAGCUGCUCGAGAGGGACCCCAACGUCGGCGACCGCCUCUUCUUCUGCGACAUGUGCACCAAGCUGCACCCGUUCCAGGAGUACUGGGGCCCGGACAAGUCCUGGGCCGAGUUCAUGAGCAUCAGCCGCUUCGGCAACUACAAGCACCACACCAUCGGCCUGAACCUCCUGGGCACCAGCGUCGACAUCAACUGGUACCACGCGCGCCUCGCCAUGAACCGCCACCUCCACGGGUCCCCCUGCGGGAUAGGCAUAGAGAACCUCUCGACGACCACGCGCCCGCAGAUCGCGGGGAGCAGGAAGAGCGUGCACGCGACGCAGGGCCGGAUCGUCGACGACAAGCUCAUCGUGCGGAUCCGCCACGUCCUGACGCCCGUCUGGGCCGACGUGCCCGCCGAGACGUUCAGGCAGGACGUGCUGAGCUGGACGCUGUACGUGUGCCCCCACACGGCGGUCGGGUCGUGCUUCGCCCUGCGGCCGGCGUCGCUGCCGGAGCUCGAGGCGCGGGACGAGGGCGGGAUGGUGUUCAGGCCGUGCCGGGACUCGGUGUCCUCGUGCAAGCGGUGCAACUCCGACUUCAGCGUCACCAUCGAGGCCGGGGACGACGUGUCGGGCCGGAGCAGCGGCGGCUACCGCAUCACGGUGGUGUCUUACCACAUGGUCGGGGCGUGCCGCUCGCCCUGGGACGAGGACUGUGUCAGUCUGUUUGAUUGCUACAGCAGCCAUCUGAGGAACCUAAACCGGCAUCCUCGGGGGUCGGUGAUCAAGAAGUGGUGCUCACUGCCGGAAUAG